CAGGAAUAAAACGAAGGUGUUACAUUAGUCAAAGUAAUUGCAAACUCGUGUAAACUAUCGCAAAAAUGAAGGCGGCUAUAAUUUUUUGUGCUGUUGUUUUGGUAGCUAUUGUUUCGGCUAAACCGGCCGAAGACAAAUACACCACCAAAUACGAUAACAUCGAUUUGGAUGCUAUUAUUAAAAGUGAUAGAUUGUUGAAGAAUUACGUUGAUUGCCUAAUGGAUAGGAAAGGUUGCACCAAAGAGGGAGAAACCUUAAAAGCAAUCCUUCCCGACGCGCUAAAGACCAAAUGCGCCAAGUGCAGCGAAAGCCAAAAGAACGGAGCCAAGAAGAUGAUUCGGUACAUGCUGAAGAAUAAGAAGGACAUGUGGAAAGAACUGGAGGCUGUCUACGAUCCGGAGGGCAUCUACAAGAAAACGUUCGCGGACGAACUCAAAGCAGAAGGAAUCGAAAUAUAAUUUCCUAAUCCCGGUCAAAGCAAGAUUACUUCUUGAUAUUUGAGCUGUUACUUAAAUGUGUUACCUAAAUAAAUAAAAAAGCAAAACGUUU